UUUUCUUCUUCCCCUUUCAGUUUAGGGGCUCCGAGCCCUGAACCCGUAUCCGGAGAGAAAGGGCUCUCAGCUCAUACCGUUUCAUUGAUUUUCCUCUGCAUUUUCCAUCACUUUCUCGAGGAAAAAAACAACAGUUUGAGAAGAAAAUGUACUCGGCUAUUCGGUCGUUACCGUUAGAUGGAUGUGUGGGGGGUUACCAAGGGUCGCUUGACGGGACCAACUUGCCCGGUGAUGCUUGCUUGGUCCUAACGACGGACCCCAAGCCUCGACUACGGUGGACUGCUGAGCUCCAUGAACGUUUUGUCGAUGCUGUUACUCAACUCGGUGGCCCUGACAAAGCAACCCCCAAGACUAUUAUGAGAACAAUGGGAGUAAAAGGCCUUACCCUGUAUCACUUGAAAUCACACCUUCAGAAAUACAGACUAGGAAAGCAAUCUUCCAAGGAAUCAACUGAGAAUUCGAAGGAUGGUAUAUGUUUCGUUGGCGUUUAUGCUUCUUCAGUUGCGGAAAGGCAGGACACUGGCUCAUCUACGACAGAAUCAUCGAGAAUGGUUGCACAAGAUGUGAAUGAUGGUUACCAGGUUACUGAAGCACUUCGAGUGCAGAUGGAAGUUCAACGUAAACUGCAUGAACAGUUGGAGGUACAACGUCGUCUUCAAAUCCGAAUCGAAGCACAAGGUAAAUACCUACAGUCGAUACUCGAGAAAGCCUGUAAAGCUCUGAAUGAUCAGGCCGCUGCUUCUGCCGGUCUAGAAGCAGCCAGAGACGAGCUUUCCGAACUGGCUAUCAAGGUUUCGAACGAUUGCCAAGGGAUGAUCCCUCUCGAUAACAUAAAAUUGCCUUCCUUAUCCGAACUAGCUGCAGCUCUAGAGAACCAACCAGCUUCCAAUAUGCCGGCCCUAAUCGGUGACUGCUCUGUCGAAAGCGGCUUGACUGGAAGCCCUUUAUCUCCAAUGGGUGUCGGUUCACAAGCCGUUACAAUGAAGAGGCCGAGGUCCCCAUUCGGUAUCGGAGACCCUUUGCCCUUGGGUGGCAACAUAAGGCAAGAAAUAGAAUGGGUGAUGCCCAAUAUUCGUUGAGUUCCAAGACAUUGCCCUCUAGAAAUGGUACUUUCCCUCUUGUUUACUGUAUUAUCCAUGGUCUGCAUAUUCCAGAGGCAGAUCCUUUUGAAUAUGGGAUUACAUGUAAAACUCGAAAUCUCCUCCCCACGAAUCA